CCGGAUCCAAUCUUGUAUUCCUAUUUGCAGCCCGGUCACCGAGUUCCUCGCUACUCGCUGAUCAACUGGGGUCUGUGCGUGCCCUCGGGCUGCUCUGCCCGGGAUGUGGAGUACAGCGUGGCGGAGUAUCUGUCCAACCAGACGGCUUCCACUGGCAUCACCUUCAACGUCCGCGUAGAGCCGCAGAUGUGCCAGGUGCGGGACCAACGUCCCUGGGAUAGGAACACCACCUGGGCCGUGCGCUUCUUUGUCCUGAUACUCUCCGUGGCCAUACUGUCCACCAUCUACGAUCGCUCCACCAAGUCGCAGCCCAAGCAGAAUGCCUGGUUCACGGCCUUCUCGCUGGACAAGAACCUGCGCUGGCUGUUCAGCACGAGCAGCGCUCCCGGGGACAUUGAGGCUGUCCAUGGCAUACGCUUUCUCAAUGCCAUCAUGCUGAUCUUUUCGCACAAAUCGAUGGCAAUGUUCUUUAAUCCCUAUAACAACCGGACGGCCAUGUCCGAGAGUCUGGGCCAGCCGUGGACGGUGAUUGGCAGGGCGGCGUCCCUGUAUACGGAUCCUUUCCUGCUUUUCAGUGGAAUGCUCACCGCCUACUCGCUCUUCGGUCGCCUGAUGAAGCAGCAGCCCAUCCGCCUGAAGAAUGAGUACAUCAGCCGCCUGAUGAGGAUUGUUCCUCCCCUGGCCGCCUUGAUCCUCUUCUGCACCUAUGUCCUGCCCCUGUGGGGCAGUGGUCCCCAGUGGAACCUGGUGGUGGGCCAUCAUGCGGAUAUUUGCAAGAAGAACUGGUGGCGCAACCUGCUCUUCAUCCACAACUACUUUGGCUUCAGCGAGAUGUGUUUGACGCACACGCACCAUCUGGGCAUUGACACGGAGCUCUUUGCUGUGGCUCCUCUUCUGAUACUCGGACUCUGGCGGUGGCCACGUCGGGGACUCAUGGCCCUGCUGCUCCUCUGCACGGUGGGCACGGCGGCGAGAUACUACACGACGAUUGUGAAUCAGCUUUCGAAUUAUAUAUACUUUGGCACCAACAUCCAGCGCCUGUUCCGCACUGCCGACUACAUGUACUCGUUCCCGCCCCAUCGCUCCACGGUGUACAUCAUGGGCAUCCUGCUGGGCUAUGUCCUCCGGAAGUAUCCAAGUGCCAGGCUAAGUAGCCUGCAGCUGAAGCUGGGCUGGUUGGUGGCCACCGGUUGUGUGCUGGCCUCGCUCCUGGGGCCUGCUCCGAUGGGUGACAUCAACUACGUGUAUAAUUCCACACAUGCUGCCAUUUACGCAGCGUUUGCGCCCAUUGCCUGGUGCCUGUUCUUCUCCUGGAUCGUCUUUGUGUCUCAUAAUGGUUACACGAAUAAACUUACGAAGCUGUUUGCCUGGCGCGGUUUCCAGGUGUCCACAAAGCUCUCGUACGCCAUUUAUCUGACGCAGUUCCCCGUCUUCUUCUUCAAUGUCGGCCGAAGGCGUCACAUUCAUCAUUAUUACAACUUUGUUUCGAUUAUUCUCGACACCAACGAGUUCAUAUCGAUCUUCCUGGCCUCCGUGGCCCUGACGGUGCUCUUCGAUGCACCCUUCCAGAAUCUGAAGAAGCUACUGAUCAAUCGGCCCGCCCCCGCUGCUGCCAAGGUGGCGAAGCCAGCUCUGACCACCAGCACGGCAUCAGAGGAGGCGACCAAGCCCACUAGCACUGCCCCACGUGCGGAACCGAAUCAAAAUCAGCAUCCGCACUCCGAUUAGUCUGUGAACAGCACACGUACUUUCUUAGUUUGUAAACCUGUAAAUGUCUUCUUAGCAUUUAGUGGCAAUAGGUUUAGUUACCCCGGCGAUAAUCCUCUGAGCCCCCUCCCUGACUCCCCGCCCCUAGCUAUAGUCGAACGCUUUAUACAUUGUAAAUUGUAUUGUUAAUUAAAACUCGAGCGACGAAUGAGAAGGAAACCCUUUUGUAGUCAUUAAACCAAUCAAUCACUGCUUGAUGUGCGAUAUUAUCUUGCUUGCUUAAAACCGAGAGGCAGUCGGAGAGUUCCGAGACCCUCGAGGCCCCAUGUCUUUUAGAUUAAACCUACCAUAAACUAAGCAAGGUCGAAUAAACGUUUUUUUUUUUUAAUGGUAAUUUAAUUAAUGAAAUAAAAUAAAUGAAUAUGUUACAGAAAAAUCUGCAAUACUCUUUCAAUUGGAGGAUCGUGUGCAACAUUCAAAUUCAGAGCAUACAAUUUGACAAGCUCUGGAUACGCUUUUCGGCAGCCAGAAAAGGUUUGGUGGUUACUGGAAGAGAAGGGCCUGGGAUCGGCAAUGUCUUCAAAGAUCAUAAACAGAAUUCUAAUUUUUCCCUACACUCUGGCUAUUACUCCAUUAGUUAUUCUAUAAAUAUAAUAAUCACAAAUAUGUGUACAAAGUUAUUUAAGUAAAUUCAAAAUUCAAAGUGAAUAAGAAAAACUAAAUAGAAAGCUAGGUGCAUUUUUUAACACUAAGGCUUUUAAAUAGCCUGGAAAGCAUUAAAUGAGUAUGUAAUUCGAUUUGAAGAAAAUUCUUUAUCAAAAACUAAUUGAAACAUUUGUCUUUUCAAACAAUUGUAAUACAAAAAUACAUAUUAAAUUGCUCUUUGCUAAGUAAAAUAGUAAUUACAUUUGAAAUAGUCCCUUUAACAGUUUGUAAAUAUAAUAAAGUUUUCCAACUUAAGUCAAGUUCUAAAGUUUCUCUACUUUUGCUGCAUAUUUCAUCAUUUUAUCCAUAACCACUGCAAAUACUUCAACUAAGUUAUAAAAGGUUCCUGUUCAAAAUAUAUAUACAUAUACAUUGCACCACAUCAAAUAUAUAUACAUAUAAAACCGAAUUCACCAGCUCAAUGUGCUCGAAGAUCAUAAAAAGUAAGUUUCUAAUUCAAAUAAAAUAAGAUUUAAUGUUUAAAGGGUCGCAAAAUAACUCCUUUAGUGCGUUGCAAGCUUUCGACUAAUAUUAUAUUACCCUGCAAGGGUAUAAAAAUGUAAUAUGGCACUGAAACCGAUUCUGCAUUUGUAAAAUCAAAUAUUUAUAUUAAACUCACAUUCAAAGAAAUUUAAUUUCCAUUAACUUUGGAAAAGCUGAGCAAGCAUUUGGUUUCCCUUUUUUCUUUAAACAGAAAACAAUAAAUUAAUGAUCAGCGACACAUUUUUGCUGGUGAAUGCGGCCGAGGUCUGGGGCCAUGUUUUCAGAGCCACCUCCACGAGGUUUCAAUUUAAAAACAACAACUACAAUGCUUACCGCGGAAUAAGCACUGGAAACAUGGCCGCUCCCUCGAGGUUAGGAUCAUAACUGUUGUAUUGAAGCAUUUUUGCGGAUCAGCGCCUGCUUUUCGUGGGUUUUCUUCACAUUUCAUUCACUUUUCUUUCACAC